AUGAACAUGUUAGACGUUGAAGACGACAGAUUUCACGUCACGCGUGAAGGCUACUCCCAUCUGAGUGAUUCAGAGUGGGAGGUAGUCGGUCGCAUGAGUGUGCUCAUGGGCGAAAUCGCUAUCAGUGGUAUGUUGGAGUCUCUAAGCAGAGACCAGCAACAUGCUGCUAUCAACAAGUUCCUACCAGGGGAACUUGCCGUCGAACGACAGAAGAUAGCCUUGCUACAGCAGCAGGGCUCUCAUCAGUCGAUGGGUGGGCCGACGCAUAUGCGUCGACCCGAGACGUAG